AUGAGGGCCUUUCCCGACCUCUCCUCUUCCACCUCCACCAGGACCCUGAACCUGGAGUCCCAGGAGGGCCUUGACGCAGAUCCUGCCGACUGUCUGGAUCCUCUGGAAGGCCUGGACAAGGAGAAGUGGGGAGCGUCCUGUGACACCGUCAUGGACCUGGAGGAAGAGCACAGCACGGAUGUGAUCCUGGUGGGCUCCAGUGAGCUGUCAUGUCCCCCGUCACCCCAGUCCAGCAGAGAUCAUAUUGCACAUGAAGUCAGGAUUAAGCAGCGGCAUAUAGAAGACAUCUGCAUCUGCUGUGGGAGUUUCCAGGUCUCGACAGAGCACCCUCUGUUUGAGGGAGGAAUGUGUAUUCCAUGCAAGAACAAGUUCCUGGACUCCCUUUUCUUGUAUGAUGAUGAUGGCUACCAAUCCUACUGCUCCAUCUGCUGCUCAGGCGAGACGCUGCUCAUCUGUGAAAACCCCGAUUGCACCCGAUGCUACUGCUUUGAGUGUGUUGAUACGCUGGUCAGUCCGGGGACCUCAGAGAGAGUUCAAGCCAUGAGUAACUGGGUGUGCUUCCUGUGCCUACCUUUCGCUAGCAAUGGACUACUUCAGAGAAGGAAGAAAUGGCGGACACGAUUGAAAGCCUUCCAUGACCAAGAGGCGGAGAGUUCUUUUGAAAUAUUUAAGACUGUGCCUGCAUGGAAGAGAGAGCCAGUUCGGGUGCUGUCUCUUUUCGGGGAGAUCCAGGAAGGGUGGUUCGUUUUCCAGUUUCACCGCAUGCUGCAGUAUGCGCGGCCAAGGCCAGGCAGCACUCAGCCCUUCUUCUGGAUGUUUGUGGACAACCUGGUGCUGACCUCAGAUGACCGGGCUGUGGCAACCCGCUUCCUGGAGCCUGUGUCUGUGGGUGCCCACUCUGAUGCCCAGGACAUCUAUCCAUAUGGGAAGGUGAAAGAGUGGGGUCCUUUUGACCUCAUGUACGGCUCAACGCCACCUCUGGGACAUGCAUUUGAGCGGCCUACUGGGUUCUGCACCCAUUCCAGGGGGGCCAACAAGGACUCAACUCUGAAAGCUGAAGAGGAACUGUCCCUGCUGGUUCAGGACAGGCCCAGAGCCAGGUUCCCCACCCCCAGCCCUGCUGCGCUGGUGAAGAACUGCUUUCUUCCCCUUAAAGAAUAUUUUAAGUAUUUUUCAACAGCACUCACAUCCUCUCCAUAA